CCAAAGUUGGCAAAGUAGCUGACUCCGCUGAAUCCCAGCAGAACCUUCUAGAAAAAAAACCCCACUUCACAGUCCCCUGCUUUUUCUACUCUUUCCGCAUUCUUCUUCUUCUUCUUCUCAAUCGAUUCAACUCAACCACUUUCCAUUAACCAAAUUCCCGAGAAUCUUCUAUGGCCAACGAAGCCAAGGCUAAAGGAAACGCCGCCUUUUCCUCCGGCGACUACUCCGCCGCCGUCCGCCACUUCUCCGACGCCAUCGCCCUCGCCCCAGACAACCACGUCCUCUACUCCAACCGAUCCGCCGCUUACGCCUCCCUCCAUGACUACUCCAAUGCCUUGUCUGACGCCCAGAAAACCGUCGACCUCAAGCCAGACUGGCCCAAGGGCUACAGCCGCCUCGGGGCCGCCCACCUUGGCCUCGGCCACCACCACGACGCCGUUUCGGCUUACAGAAAAGGCCUCGAAGUCGAUCCCAACAAUGACGCUUUGAAAUCCGGCCUCGCAGAUGCCCAGGCGGCGGCGGCGAGGGCCCGUCCUCCGACAGCCAAUCCGUUCGGGGAAGCGUUCUCUGGGCCGGAAAUGUGGGCUCGGCUUACCGCAGACCCAGGAACCCGGGCUUACCUUCAGCAACCGGAUUUCGUGAAGAUGAUGCAGGAUAUUCAGAAGGACCCGAACAAUUUGAAUCUUUAUCUGAAAGAUCCUAGGGUAAUGCAAGCCAUUGGUGUUUUGCUCAAUGUGAAGAUCCAGACGCGGGAUGACGGUGACGAAAAUAUGGCGGAGGCGGAGGCGACUCCUUCAGCUUCGUCUCAGCCGCCGCAGGCCCAGGCGCAGGAGAGGAAGCGAGGUGCUACUGCUGCAGAAGAGACUUCGAAACCGGCAGAGCCGGAGAUGGCAGAUUUUACGGAGGAGGAGAAAGAGAAGAAGGAGAGGAAGAGUUUCGCUCAGAAGGAGAAGGAAGCUGGUAAUGCUGCUUACAAGAAGAAGCAAUUUGAGAUCGCGAUUGAACAUUACUCGAAGGCUAUGGAGUUGGAUGAUGAGGAUAUCUCAUACCUCACAAACCGAGCGGCGGUUUACUUGGAGAUGGCAAAGUAUGAAGAAUGUAUUAAAGAUUGUGACAAAGCUGUGGAAAGAGGAAGGGAGCUAAGAUCAGACUUUAAGAUGAUAGCAAGAGCUUUGACAAGGAAAGGAACUGCAUUGGCUAAAAUAGCAAAAUGCUCAAAGGAUUUUGAACCUGCCAUUGAGACUUUCCAAAAAGCACUUACAGAGCACCGCAACCCUGACACCCUGAAGAAACUGAAUGAUGCUGAAAAAGCUAAGAAAGAACUAGAACAACAAGAAUAUUUUGAUCCGAAAUUGGCCGAUGAGGAGAGGGAAAAAGGUAAUGAAUUCUUCAAGCAGCAAAAGUAUCCCGAGGCUGUGAAGCAUUAUACAGAGGCCAUAAAAAGGAAUCCCAAAGAUCCUAAGUCUUACAGUAACAGAGCUGCAUGCUACACAAAACUGGGCGCAAUGCCUGAAGGUUUGAAGGAUGCGGAGAAGUGCAUUGAGCUUGAUCCAACAUUCUCGAAGGGUUAUAACAGGAAAGGUGCAGUACAAUUUUUCAUGAAGGAAUAUGAAAAAGCAUUGGAAACAUAUAAGGAGGGAUUGAAACAUGACCCUAACAACCAGGAGUUGCUUGAUGGUGUUAGAAGAUGUGUAGAACAAAUUAAUAAGGCUAGUCGUGGAGAUUUAAGUCCUGAGGAGUUGAAGGAAAGACAGGCCAAGGCAAUGCAGGACCCUGAGAUUCAGAACAUCCUUCAGGACCCUGUGAUGAGACAGGUAUUGGUUGAUUUCCAGGAAAAUCCUAAAGCUGCACAGGAACAUACGAAGAACCCUAUGGUGAUGAACAAGAUCCAAAAGCUGAUCAGUGCUGGAAUUGUCCAGAUGAGGUGAAUUUGAUUAAAGGUAGGAAUGGAAUGUACGCAGAGAAACAAUUGACAAUUGUAUUUUCCAGGGCAACUCUAGUAUUUAUAUAGAUUGGAUUUUGGUGUAAAGACCAAAAUAACUAUCAACGGACAAUUUACUUGUGCAAAAUUUUGAGUUACUACUCUCAACAAUUGUAUGGUUUGUUUUCAGUGAAUUCAUCCCAGCCACAAAUCCUUCUUAUUCCUUA